GACACAAUUGCAGUGCGCACACACUUCCUGAUGGAGCUGCUCCUGUGAAGAAUAAAAAUACACUCUUAGCAACUCAGCUAGAGGAGUUGUGAAAAAGUUAUGUCUGGCUGUCAAGUGGAGAGUGAAAGGCUAUUUUUAAAAAUGGACGCUAUUCCUCGGAUUUCCGUACAUGAAUAGUAGAAAAUAUCCCCAUGUCCAGAGAGCCGGCACUGGUGACAAGUCAACUGCGAAGGUAAGUUACUAGCUGACGUUGGCUAGUAAUGUCUCUAACGUUACCAUCCGCUGAUAUAAUUGAAACACCUCCUGGAUAUCCGUUUGAAGAAAUCAACUAUGAGGAUAUUGAAGUUGAGGAGGUGGUGGGGAGAGGAGCCUUUGGGGUUGUUUGCAAAGCCAAAUGGAAAGGCAAAGAUGUUGCAAUCAAAACCAUCGAGAGUGAAUCGGAGAGGAAAGCCUUUAUUGUUGAGCUCCGGCAGCUUUCACGUGUGAAUCACCCCAACAUUGUGAAGUUGUAUGGCUCCUGCCAUAGUCCAGUCUGCCUUGUGAUGGAAUAUGCUGAAGGCGGGUCAUUGUACAAUGUGCUGCAUGGUGCUGAACCCCUUCCCUAUUACACUGCUUCCCAUGCCAUGAGCUGGUGUUUACAGUGUUCCCAGGGCGUGGCCUAUCUCCAUGGCAUGAAACCAAAGGCUCUCAUUCACAGGGACCUCAAGCCACCCAAUCUGCUUCUAGUGGCAGGCGGCACUGUGCUGAAGAUAUGUGACUUUGGAACAGCGUGCGAUAUUCAGACCCACAUGACCAACAACAAAGGAAGUGCAGCAUGGAUGGCCCCAGAGGUAUUUGAAGGCAGCAAUUACAGCGAGAAGUGUGAUGUGUUCAGCUGGGGGAUCAUUCUCUGGGAGGUGAUCACUCGCAGGAAGCCCUUUGAUGAAAUCGGAGGACCAGCUUUUCGCAUUAUGUGGGCUGUGCACAACGGCACAAGGCCUCCUUUAAUCAAGAAUUUGCCCAAGCCCCUUGAGAGUCUGAUGACUCGCUGCUGGUCUAAAGACCCCUCUCAGCGGCCUUCCAUGGAAGAGAUAGUGAAGAUCAUGACUCAUCUAAUGAAGUACUUCCCAGGAUCUGAUGAACCCCUGCAAUAUCCCUACCAGUAUUUAGAUGAGGGACAGAGCAACUCUGCAACUAGUACAGGUUCAUACGUGGACUACGCUGGCACCAGCACAAGCAACAAAAGCGACUCAAACAUGGAGCACAGUGAUUCUCAAGGGAGCAACGAUACUAUCAAGAUAACACCUCAGUUUGCUCCUCACUUCAAGCCAAAGGCAGACCCAUUGAGGACUCUGCCUCUGUCCAGGGGGGGCAGUGUUGAAAGUCUGCCUGCACGAACACAGUGCCUGGCAUCAUCUGAAAGCAAAAGAAUGAGUGCUGACCUGUCAGAGCUGGAGCCCAAGAUGCCAUUUGCACCUGCAGCACCCCCCCAGUAUAAACGAGGCCACCGUAAAACGGCGUCAUUCGGCACCAUUCUGGAUGUCCCCAAGAUCGUCGUCACAGCCACAUGCGAGUCGCAGAGACGUCGGUCUGUGCAAGAUCUGCCAGGCAUCGGCACCGAGUCCAGUCAGGGGAGCAGGAACAGCAGCCGGUCCUCCAGCCCCAGUGUGAGGAUGAUGCCACCUGAUAAGACGAGCAGCAGGGGUUACUUCUCUCCUGAUGACCCCACAGACACCAACGGCUCAGACAACUCCAUUCCCAUGGCUUAUCUCACCCUGGAUCACCAGCUGCAGCCUCUUGCUCCCUGUCCCAACUCCAAAGAGUCCAUGGCCGUGUUCGAGCAGCACUGCAAGAUGGCGCAAGAAUACCUGAAAGUGCAAACAGAGAUCGCCCUGCUGAUCCAGAGAAAGAAGGAGCUCAUCGCUGAACUGGACCAAGAUGAGAAGGACCAGCAGAACACGUCCCGUCUGGUGCAGGAGCACAAAAAGCUGCUGGAGGAGAACAAGAGUCUGUCCACAUACUACCAGAAGUGCAAAAAACAGCUGGAGCUGAUCCGGGUCCAGCAACAGAAGAGACAGGGCACAUCGUGAUGAGACAGAGACAUAUUGACUGCCCAACCCCCCCAGCACUAUAACACUACCCACUCAUGCUCUGCACACACACAUACACACACACUGAUCCCAGUCCAGCUUUGUAAAGAGACCUGCAUUCUACUGUGUCCUGCAUGUUGCAUCAUAGACGCUCACUCGUGUCCAGCAGGAAGACGACGUCCUCUGUACAUACAUUUGCACAUCCUCACAGUGUAUUCUGUGACCGCAGACCAAACAAUCACUGCACCCCAUCCUGAUCACCCCAGACCCUGCUGCCGCGCUCCGGGUCCCGUUCUCUCCGAGCGCGGGUUGUGUGUUUCUAUAUGUUUGCUCUCAGGGCCUCUGGGCUGCCUGGUCAGUGCGCGUCCACUCCUCAUCGAGAGCGACAGCCACACCGUCCUCCAGAAUGUGAAAACCUAAGACAAAGGCUCUUCAGAAAAACGUGUGAAUGGUGUGCAUAAAUGUUGAGCAGUGAGGAUGUUUGAAAGCAGCUGUGCAGCGCGUGCGUGGGAUCCCCGUUAUGCAAAACCACACACCCCCCUUAAACCAACGUAUUUAUCUCUAACCCCCUCCCUUUUCUAAUCACAAGCAUGAGCCCUUUCGUUCACUUCUUCACGGCGUUCGAUGUAUUGAGUUCAGAGAGGGAUGCACUUCAUGUCAGACACAGAAAAAGGAAUAGCUGGGGUUUGUAGAGAUCUGCUCUUCAUACUCUUAAAAAAAACACAACUAGCUUCCAGAGCGAACACAGAGCCGUGGAUCCCCUUUUAUUUUGGCUUCAGUAUUGUUUUUUGCGUGUAGAUGUUUCUGUCUUUUCUAUUCAGUAGUUCACUUUGUAUGAUAGCUCUUGUGUCAUUUUCGCAUUAGGACAUAUUUUAUCUGGUCUGGGAAUGCCCUUACGGACAAAGUAGAGGAGCCUGUAGCUCCCUCUACAGUAUCUAGUUUGUUUUUAGUUCACAUGUUGCCUUAGAAGUUGCCUGCAUUUUAAGUGCUUGUUUUAUGUGACAUUUAGUGGGGAUAAAAGCUAAAACAAAAAAAGGAAAAAAAAGAUCUUUUUAAUGUAAUGGACAGUGAAUGAAAUUCUUUCCUGAGGGGAGGGACAAGGAUGUAUGUCAGUAAGCUGAUCAUGUAAAUGUUUCCCACCAGCUUUACAUCCAAAACCAUGACAUGACUCUAAAAACAGGAUUGGAUGUAAUUUUUUUUCUUUUCUGGAGUUCAUAUCCUUCAAGUAUUUUUGCACAAUCACUUUGUUUUGUCUGGUCAUCAUGUACAAAAUGUAUUUUUCAUUGAAGAAAUUCUGGUUUUAAAAGUGUAAGACUUGAUGAGUCUUACUUUUAAAUCCGUUACUGUACAGGAAACAGUCUUCACUGGUUCUCCUCAUGAGCUUUCUGUUCACUAAGGAUUCAUUUACCACACACCACACUGUUUGUUUAGUGUUUCCUGGUAAGUUAUUAGAAACAGGUACAGUAUAUGACAGUGAGCAAGGCAUUAUGAAAUAAACUGAAUGGUGAAAAGAU